AGUAUAUAAAUCCACCAAAAGCCUAAGGUUUGCCUCAUCUCCGUUCACCCCACACCGAACCACCAAAAACUUGACAAACCCAUCAAGCCAGCGCUCAAAAUGGCAGCAAGGCUUGUGCUCCCCCUCCUCCUCGUCCUCGUCGUCGGCUCCCACACGGCCUCCUCCUCCGUGGUGCAGACGUGCGUGAACGCGGUGGUGGCAGGGGACCGCAGGGAACUAGAAGUCUUCUGCGUGACGUCGCUCCAGGCGGCGCCGGGGAGCGCCACCGCGGACGCCCACGGGCUGGCCGUGAUCGCCACGAACCUGACGCUGGCCAACUACACGGCGGCGGCGGCCACGAUCAAGGACCUGCAGCAGCGCGGGGGCUGGACGGCCAAGCAGCUGGGGGCGUUGAUCACGUGCCGGAAGGGGUACAUCCAGGCGCUGAACAUGGUGCACAACGUCGUCCACGCGCUGGCCACGGGGCAGAAGCAGGCGUACCUGGACGACAUGGGCGAUGUCAGGGAGGCCGCCCUCGACUGCGAAGAAGCAUUCGUCGGUGCGGAUCCGGAGGAUAAGUCGAUGCCGAGUAAGGUGAACUGGGACGCCGAGCUCCUGACUACCGUGGCCAUGAUGAUCGUGAUGUCGUUGUAGCGAGUAGGGUGCGUACGUAGAUCUUUCCGUGGCCACUCCGCCAGUGGUAGUCAAAUCAGUAGGAAGAUGGAUUGGUCGAUGGAGAAGAAAAUAACAUGA